GCCCGAUCUCGCGAGAUCUCACGAUGUGAACACAUUCUCGCGACGCAGUGACGUAGUUUAAUUACAGAAAACAUGGCGGACAGGCUAACACAGCUGCAAGACGCUGUGAACUCGCUUGCAGAUCAGUUUUGUAAUGCCAUCGGCGUCCUGCAACAGUGUGCGCCUCCUGCCUCCUUCAGUAACAUCCAGACGGCCAUCAACAAAGAUCAGCCAGCAAACCCGACCGAAGAAUAUGCCCAGCUCUUUGCAGCCCUGAUCGCCAGAACAGCCAAAGAUGUGGAUGUACUAAUCGACUCUCUGCCCAGCGAGGAGUCCACGGCAGCACUACAGGCAGCCAGUCUGCGGCAGCUGGAGGAGGAGAACCACGAGGCAGCAGCUCGUCUGGAAGAGGUGGUUUACCGCGGCGAUGUGCUGCUGGAGAAGAUCCAGAGCGCCCUGGCCGACAUCGCCCAAUCGCAGCUCCGCACCCGCAACGGAGCACCCAGCCAACCAUCACCAACCACUGAAUCCUGACCCAAAACACUCAUGGCACACAUCUGGACAAUUUUUGUCAUUUUCACUCUGACAUCAACUGCAAGCCUCAAAACCAUAAUGAAAUAUGCUGAAUGUGUGUGUGAAGGAAAUGUGAGAUGUCAUACAGUCAGCGAAACAUCUUUUUUUUUUUUUGCUUGGUUACAAUAGAAGACGUUGGAAAAGAUCAUUAAAAUCAUACACUGUUGUAUGUGUGUCUUUCUGCUGACGCAGACACUUUGGAAAAAUACAACCAUGGAGAUUUCUGUGGUCUGAAUGUGUUUUUUUUUUUUUGUUCCAUGUAUAUGUUGUAUAUUGAUUAAAUCUGUUUUUGUAGAUAUUUAUGAAUUAAAUAAUUCAAAUUUAAAAAACAACAGUUAAGAAAUCUGCUCAGCACACUGUAACUGCAUAUCUGAUGACUUUUGGUUUCUUUUUUUAAUAAAGCCUGAACGAACAUUUAA